AUGCAGGAGACGAGUGAGAUCGAAUGCACGGAAUUGUUGGAAGUGUCAUCCGAGAAAAACGGAGCGAAAAUUGUAUUCGCAACGGACGAUUUCUUCGGUGUGGCUGAAAAUCUGCUCAAGGAAGAGGAACCUGUGUGGAAAGAGAACGAGUAUACAAAUUUCGGCAAGUGGAUGGACGGAUGGGAGACCCGGAGGAAACGAAAAACAGGAAACGAUUAUGUGAUUAUCGCGUUAGCAGCCGAGGCGCAGGUAUCGCACGUUUGUAUAGAUACUUGUUUCUUCACUGGCAAUUUUCCACCUAAGUUCUCUAUAAGCGGUGACAAGCUGUCGACAGAUGUGUGGUGUCAAAAUCGGACUUGUAUAUUAGGCGGCGAAGCGUCCGAGGAUGACUAUGAACGCAUUUCUGCUUUUCACUCGGAGAACUGGCCAGUCCUGAUUCCCAAGCAGAGACUAGACGCCGGUUAUCCGGACAUGCGUAAGAAACUCUUCCGGGUAUCUACAAGUAGAACGUUUACUCAUCUGCGGCUUGACAUCUUCCCGGACGGCGGUAUCGCCAGGUUGCGCGUUUACGGCGUGUUGAAACAAGCAAUACGAUCGAUUGGUAAAAUGGACGCGAGUAACGAUGCUUUCGUUACGAGCACGACAUCGUUGGAAUUCGACCUCGUCUCCAGAAUAAAUGACGGCGGCUGUGUGGACUACAGUAAUGCUCACUAUGGACAUCCUAAUAACAUAAUAAAACCCGGGAAGGCGACGAGCAUGGCCGACGGAUGGGAAACCGCGAGGCGUCACGAUAGGUCUCUCAUUGUUGAAGUAACGGCUGCGGACCCGCAGGUAUGCAAAAUCAUGCCUGGGCGCGAAUGGGCAAUAUUUAAAUUAGGACACGCCGGAGACGUUAAGUUCACCAACAUCGUGAUCGACACAGCGUACUUCAAAGGAAAUUCUCCGUACAGCGUGAAAGUGGAGGGAGGCUAUGCCUCCGCAUCGAAUUCAAUUCCGUCACGGUGGAAAGUUAUCAUGCCUUUUCGAAGAAUUAGGCCCAAUUACGAGAACGAGUUUUCCGUCGAGAGAGAGUGGGACCACGUGUCUCAUAUAAAAGUGACAAUUACGCCGGACGGCGGUUUGUCGAGGCUACGAAUUUUCGGCAGACUGCGCAGAUUCCAAUCGGACAUUCUAACCGACAUUUCCGACUGA